AAUUUUAAAUUAAAUUUUUAUUUUGGUAUCUAAUGGGAAUUUUUGGACUAGGUAUUUUGAAAAUAUGUAGGUCUUUAAAUUCGUUUGUCGUUUGUUGACAGAUAAAAUUAAAUAAUUCGGAUUGUUGACAUUUAAGUGUUGAUCGUGCUAUUUAUGUGGUUUGAGGUUUGAUAAACCCUAGGUAUAAAUUUUUGAAGCAAAAAAUGUUCUGUGAAAUGAAGACCUAUAGUAGAACAGGAAAGGGUGAACUAAUUGAGGCUGUGGAUCUAAACAGUUCUUGUAGGUUGUGCUUAUCGAACGAUCUCGAUCAGCUAGACAUAUUCAGUGAAAAUAACGAUUUAGCGUCAGUAAUAUCAUAUUUUCUAACAUUUGAGGUGUGUGAGGGGGAUGGCUUGCCUGCUCACAUCUGCCGCGCGUGCUACCAGCAGCUCUGCACUUCGUACAGCUUCUACGUGCAGUGCCACGAAGCGGAUGCUGUGCUCCGUAGGCUCGUCGCGCAGAGUGGGGACAGCAAGCAGAGGGCUGCCGUCAAGGAAGAUGUGGAGGAUGAGCCGCCUGUCUCGGCAGAGUACGGCCAGCCGGAGGACAGUGACUGUUCAGCCCUGGAAGGUGGCUGCAGUGUUGCCGGGGGUCUGUUUGCGGAGCUGGCCAGUUCUGCUGCAAACGAGUCUGGGGCUGAGGACCAGCUCGAUGAACCUUUUCAUGAACUAGAAAUUGCAUCGAGCUUACCGGUUCGGGACUCGAUACUUUCUCGUCAAAGAAAGCCUCGCAAUCCUGAAGCAGAUGACGCGCCGGCAGCAACGGAAUGUGCCGGUGACCGUGACCAUCCCGACACCUUGCACGCGCUACCCUCUCCGGGAAUUGACAUGGUCACAGUGACAAGUGAAGAAGUAACAAUAACAAACCUGUUUGAAGACAGCCUCGAGCUAGGUGACGUGACGAGAGCGAACUGUGAGGAGCAGAUGACGGUUGACCUGGUUGAAGCUGACUGCAGUGAAGAUGGUCGUGCUGCGGAGGUGGAGGUAGCACGCUGUGACGAGGCUACCAACUCCUCCGCGGAGGUCUGCUACAGGCUGUUCUACAAGAACGAGAGCUCUGACGACGGGGUGACGGUGGACAAGAGGACUGUGAGCAAGGCUGCCCAGGAGACGAGGGGGCGAGAGACCAGGAGUUACUGUUACUCCGGGCCGACGAGAAUGGAGCUGCUCCCCGAGACGUGCACGGAUGGGAAGACCUCGAAGCAGCACGGCCGUCACACGGAACUAGAGUGUGCUGUGUGCUACAAGCUGUUCUCGUGUAACUACAAGCUGGACGUGCACAUGCGGAUACACAAUGGGCUCAGGCCGUUCAAAUGUGCAGAGUGUGGCAGCAGCUUCACGCAGCGCGGCACGCUGCAGAACCACCUGAAGAAGCACUCUGGGGAGAAGCCGUACGCGUGCCAGGACUGUGGGCGCAGCUACUUCAACCGCGAGGGGCUGCAAGUGCACGCGCGUCUCCACAGGAGCGACCCACUCGACAUGGUGCUGCACGAGUGUCCGCUGUGCGACAAGGUGUUCGUGUACCCCUCGGGGCUGUCUCGCCACCUGUCGUCGCACCGAGGCCGUCGGUUCACCUGCGACCACUGCCACCGGCACUUCCGGGAGCUGCCCUCUCUCAAGCGUCACAUCCGCAACAAGCACGGCUUCAGCAAGCAGCGGACAUGAGCUGCUCUCUCCGCUACGACCUUGGUGUGGAUGACAAGUUGAACCAAGUUCAUCUGUUAGUUUACGUUUCUCUUACUUAAAUGUGAGAAUUUCACCAAAUACCAACUUGUCUCUAGAACACAUCUGUGUACACACCAAAUUAUGGCUGGAAUUUGCAGCAUUUUGUAAAUGUAUUCAGUUCUUUUAAAAUAGAUUUUCUUGCAGUGCACCAUGGGUUGCCCUAAGUGGGCCUAUGAUCAAAGAGAGAUUAGCAGAAUGGGCUAUUUGGCUGCAGAGAGAUGACUUUUACAUUACAAUAUAGUUGGCUGCAUCAUUUUAGCCAAGGUGGGGAAUAAUACAAAAUCAAAUAUUCAGUGCACGAGGCUCAACUAACGAAACUCUUGUAAACAAGUGGUAUCCGUUAUAAAUGAACAUUUGAAGUUUUACGAAUCUCCCAAUGCCCACAGUGCUGAUGAGUCUACGAAAAUCUGCAAAUCACCAGCAUUCCGCAACAGGUACAUAUGAAGCUGACAUGAAGGCAUGGAUGACAUUGGAGCUUUUUAAACAGAGGUCAGGAUCCAAUGAACCGCAGUGAGUUGGAGCAGAUGACUGGUGACAGACCAAGGAAACAAGCAGAAAGAAGGGUAAGAAGAGGCACUGAAGGAGCCAGAGUGUUGGGGUUAGUGACAGAGAGAUUGUGUUUGCCAGUACACAGACUUCGGCACAGCAGGUCUGUGGUCAGGGCCGUGUCUAGGGGGGGGGGGGGGGGGGGGCAAAAGGGGCAUUUGCCCCGGGCCUCACAUUCAAGGGGGCCUCAAAUUUUAUCAAAAAAAUAUAAUAUUAUUUAAAGUGAAAUCCCAUUUUAUAUAUGGCGUAAUAAUAACUUGUAUUUAAAUUUAGAUACAUAUUUAUUUAGUUUUGUAAAGCAUGAUUCCACAAUAAAACCAGACCGUGCUGUAA